ACAGCACCAUGGUUUCAUAAAAUUUCUAGUGAAAUGUUAAAUGAUAUUAAAUUUUAUAUGCAUUCAACAGAAGGCAUAGGUGCUAAAAUACAAUACAAUUUUUUAAAAACAAAAUAUCCAGAUAAGCACAUUGAUAAAAAAGAUCUGUAUAAUGCAAUUCAACCGUUUUGUGUACUAUCAUGUGAAAAAGUAAAGACAGAUACUGUGGAAACCCUUCAAAAAUUAAUAGUAUUAAAGGCAGACGAUCCUGAAUAA